UUUAUGUGUGAGACCCUAUCAUUGAUGAUGAAUCUAGACCUUUGAUCUUAAAUUCUGUUAGCUUCGGAUUCUUUGUGCCUGCAUUCAUAGAACUGCCCUUUUCAGUUCUGUACCAAACAACCCCGUAAUCAUUAUCAACCACCGAUGGCUGUCUACCACGCCACACCACACCAGUCAUAUUGAUCCACAGUUGACUUUGUAAUUUCCAAUAUUUGUGAGAAAUCAAUUGCGAAGAUAUUGAUGAGAGAGAAACCAUGGGAGCUGAUGUGCCGAUUUCAAUUUUAUUAGAGAAAUUAAACAAGUUGAAAGAGGUUGUCCAGGAAAGAUUUAUCUAUCCAAGACUGAGAAAUCAUGUACAUGAUGCCAUCAACGAACUACAACGCAUUCGGAAGGAACUUGAAGAAGCAGGGGAUACCAGUACCCUUCUUCGCUCUGUUUACUCUGCUGAAUUGUUGAUCGAAACUUUCCUCCUCAACACACCAAUUCAUUGCCGACGGGAUGAUCUCAAAAAUCUUACCCAAAACCCGCCAUUAAUGGCAUUUCUUCCAAUUCCACCAUGGACCCAAUUACGGUUCAGCUCCAAAUUGAAAAAUUUCGUGAAGAGCUUAAAAGCUGUACAUAGUGAAUCGCGGCCUCGCAGAGACCAUUCGGCAAUCAAUCACAAAACCCAUGAAUUUGAAGAUGAUGAUGAUGAUGAACUUGUUGGAUUUGGAGAUGUGGCAGAGAAGAAUCUGGUAGAUCGACUGAUCAACGACGACGAGAAAAGCCUCCGCGUGAUUUCUCUGGUCAGCGAAAAGGCUGUGGGCAAGACAGCUCUGGCAAGGAAGGUUUAUAACAGACUCGACGUUCGGCAGUCUUUCGAGUGCCGUGUUUGGCUCCAUGUUCCCAAAAAUAUUAAAUGCAAGGAUCUGUUGAUUGUCUUACUCAAACAGAUUCCGAUGGGGGUGUUGAAGGGGGUAGAGCUCAUGAGCGAGGACGAGCUGUCUGCUCUGCUUUUCCAGACUUUAAUGGAGCUCAGGUUUCUAAUAGUCUUGGAUGAUGUCUCCUCGUUUGAUGUCUGGCUCAUGUUAGCAUGUCCCUUUGCAGACGCCGCCAAUGGUAGCAGAGUCAUCCUCACUACUCGCGACUCUAAGAUAGCCUCGGAUGUUGAUCCGUGGAGUCGCCCACCGCUGGAACUCAAGCCCUUCACUGAUGAGCUGAGUUGGGAAUUGUUCUCGAACAAGUUUCGUGUAGGCAGACAUGACACAGAUACACACCACCAGUUAAACAGUUACAAGGUAAAAAUUCUGAAAAUAUGCGGCGGUUUGCCUCCAGCAAUUGUCCUGCUUGGACGAUUGUUGUCAACUAUACAAUCUAAUGAGUUGGUCUGUGUAAUUGAUAGUCUUUUAAUCGACUUGGACAAACUUGAUCAAUCACCUCUCUCAAAUAUUAUAGCUUUAUGUUUUCGUGAGCUACGGUCUAAGUUGAAGCUAUGUUUUCUUUACUUGGCUCUCUUUCCUAAAGAGUAUGAGAUCUCCGUGCGGAGGCUGUUGCAGUUGUGGAUUGCAGAGGGUUUUGUGAAAAUGUCAAGUACCCAACAACCUGAAGAUAUAGCCGGUAAAUAUUUGAAAGAACUCGUGCACAGAAACAUGAUUGAAAUAGCAACAAGGAAGGAAGAUGGAAGGCAUAAAACAUGUCGACUGCCAAGCUUUCUUCAUGAUUUCUUCUUUCAAAAAUCUGAGGAUAUAGGAUUUAUUCACUCCCACCAUUGCAGAGCGAAUUGUACGCCGAUAGAUUCACCUGCUCAGCUUAGAACAGAUUCACUGGCUGAUCAGCCUAAUACAGAUUCAUCUGCUCAGAAUAAUAUAGAUUUACCUGCUCAGCCUAAUAAUGUUUGUUUAUCAGAUGUUUGUUUUAAAGCCCAAAAGAGAGGUACAUCCAACGAAAAAAUCAAUGAGUUGCUUAAAACAAUUAUCGAUAGGAGGAGAUCUAGAGGUUUUGUGUUGACGAAGGUGCUUGAUCUAGAAGGUGCCCACAGACCUUUGCUACAUGCGAAACUCGGCAAGUUUUUGAGCAACUUAAGGUACAUAAGCUUGCGAUGGACGGGUAUAGACUCAUGUCCGAAGUCUAUUGGCGAUCUACCGUGCCUGGAGACUUUAGAUUUGAAGUAUACUAACAUAACCAAUCUGUCGAGUUCCAUUUGGAAGGCGAAGAACCUUCGACAUCUGCUUAUGAACGAGGUGUCCAUUCUGAAGCCGUCAUCAUCAAAACAGUCUUCAACUUCAAUGUCCAACAUUCAGACCUUAACAGGCCUUCGUAUCGGUUUUGAGGACCCCAAAGAAUACGGCUUGAACAGGUUCACCAGCCUUCAGAAAUUGGGACUGACUUGCCAUUCAAGAUCAUCCGUGGAGAAAACAUGGGAUUGCAUCUCACAACUUAACAAACUUCAAACUUUCAAGCUCAGAUCAAGGGAUCAUCAAUUCGGUCAGCCUUCAGAGCUCGUGAUUCCUGACAAUCUGACAACCCAUCCGUCUCUCUCAAACUUAUAUUUGUUCGGAGUGUUCAACUUCAAAGUUGGAAACCUUCCCAAAAACCUCAAAACCCUGACACUGUCAAUGUCGAAAAUCAAAGAAGAUCCAAUGCCGGAGCUAGGGGAGUGUCUGCCUCAGCUGAACAUACUCAGGCUUUUUGCUGACUCUUUUGUAGGGGAGAAAAUGAAUUGUCUUGCUGGGGGAUUUCCCAAACUUCGUGUGUUGAAAUUGUGGAUGUUAGAAACCCUCAAGGAGUGGAUCGUUGAGGAAGGUGCUAUGCCCGAACUUGAAGAAUUAGAAAUUAGAGGAGUGGGGCCAAUUAAUUUUCCACAGAAGUUCGGAGAGGAGAAGGUUGAUGAUGCUGCAAUGGCACAUGGUAAUCGGAGGCUCACACAGUGCAACAGUGGUGAAAAGGAGGAUACAGUGGUUGCGGAGACCGGCUAUGAUAGGCAGCUAGGUGAGAACGUAGCUGGUGUAGUGGUUCCUGGUCCCAAUGAGGAAGCAUUCAGGAAGAGACUUAACCAGUGCUACAGUGGGGAGUUGGUGGUCACAGAGGCAGAAGAGACGCUGUGUGAGGGGAAGCUCUGUCAUGCUAGUGCAGUAGGAGAAAUGGUGGCAAUGAUAGGGGAGCUAGCACCCUACCCAAAAAACUUCAUUGACCCACUAAGGAGUGCUGAGGAAGUUUUAUCUCCUGGCUUCAACAAAAGUCUAAGUGGACCAAAGGAUGACUUUGGGCCUGGUAUUUCUCUUGAGGUGGAUCCAGCCCAACCAUAUGUCUCUGGCCCAAAUGUUACUGCUAGCCCAUCUUCAUUGGGCACUCUGGGUCUUAAGGAUCAAAGCCUCGAUAGAUCAUCUUCUUUCACCCUUAAUCCCUUUCGGAAGGUUAAGAAAUCUGGAAAGAAGAAGGCUCAUGUGGAGGAUUUCUUUCGUUUUGCUAGGCUUUAUGGCCAGAAAGCUGCAACCACUAUUAAACAUUCAUCCAAGUCUGUUACUCUCAGAUCUGCUGCUGCUGCCUUUGCUCAAUCAGAUCUGUCCGAAGGAAAAUCCAGCUCAAGCAGCUUCCUUCUCAAAGAAGCUAAAGCAACCAUUAAGUUGGGGGAGCAGCUUGGUAUUAAUUUUAAGGGUAAAGAAGUUGCUGUGAUGGACAAAAUUAUUGAUCUUGAACUUAAUGAUAAAGUGAGAAUCAAUGAAGUGGGCUCGGCAAAGCUGUGA